CCACAUCUUGCAUAGCUUCUUCUUCAGAAUUCCUGCCUACCACCUGUUUGAUAAUUUGCCAAUGGCGAAUAGUGAUGUAAGGCUUCUCGGUGCAUCCGCAAGCCCCUACGUCAAUCGGGCCCAAAUCGCCCUCAACGUGAAGUCUAUCGACUAUGAGUUCAUUGCAGAAAAUUUAUUUGCCAAAAGCGAGCUCCUCCUUAAAUCAAACCCUGUGCACAAGAAAGUCCCAGUUCUAAUCCAUGGCGAUAAGCCCAUCUGUGAGUCCCUUGUCAUCGUCCAGUACAUCGAUGAGGUCUUUACUAAUGGCCCUUCGAUCCUCCCUUCUGAUCCCUACGAGCGUGCCACUGCUCGUUUCUGGGCAGCCUAUCUUGACGAUAAGUGGUUCCCAUUAAUUAAGGAGCUUAGGACAGCACAAGGAGAAGAGGCUAAGGCAUCAUUGAUAGAGAAAAUAGUUGAAGGGUUGGUGUUGUUAGAGGAAGUGUUUGUCAAAGGCGGUAAAGGGAAGGCUUUCUUUGGCGGUGACAGUAUUGGGUUCCUUGACCUUGCUCUGGGCUCCUUCCUGGGGUUGUUGAAGGUAGGAGAGAUAAUAGCUGAGGUGAAGCUGCUUACUGAAACCAAGACACCAGAGCUGUUGGGUUGGGCUGAAAGGUUUAGUUCAAAUGAUGUUGUGAAAGGUGUCAUACUAGAGCCCGAGAAGCUCAUAGAAAUUCUUAAGUCGUUUCAAGCAGCCAGGGCAAAAGCUGCAGCUUCAAAUUAACUUAUCUCUGUGUGUGUCUGAAUUUUCUGAGUCUAUUUCAUUGUUGUCGGUGGCCAUUAAACUUAGAUGUUGUUGUCCUCAUUAAUAGAGCGUGGCAUAUACCACAAACCUUAUCUUGUAUCUUGUAUCUUGUAGCAUUGCAGCAUCUAUAUUAAUAAGAGAAUAGUUUUUGCAAUAAAAAAGGGAUCGAUCACUCUUUGCCUCUGUCACAUUCUCACUUUACCACUUGAAGC